GUUGCAUAUUAGCUAUCGCUUCAUGUACUCCAGGUUCCAGAAUUUGGGCUUUGCUGCUAACCAUUCCUCAAAUGCAUUCAAAAAUCUGGGCAAUUCCAUGCAAGUUGGAGGAGCCAGAGCCAACUAUUGCAUGGAUACUAUCCUGCGACUUGAUUCCCCCAGUUCUUCAAUUCCUGACUUGACUGCAUCAAAGGGGGUCAAACGGAAGUGGAGUUUGAUUGAUGGAACCAGGGGCCAGCAAGUUGGUUCUUCACUGUCUCUUGGGCUAGGGCGUUCAUCAAGUUCCUCAGACAGCAAAGGGAGUUCAGCCACUGCUUGCACUACAAUGUCCUCAGCCAAAGAAAAUGAAGAGGAGUCCUCUAUGGAUCUUGAAUUGGACUUCACUCUGCAUCUUGGCAACGAGAAAACACCCAACCCAAAGAAAUAUGCUGGCUCAAGUCUGAAAGCACUGGAACUGCAGACAGAUAUCGACCUGGAGUUGAGUCUCUCUACUGGGCCUGCCGAAUCCGAUAUCACUAGUAUUCAUGCAAGCUCUACUCUACCUCACAAUGCCAUAGAUAUGCCACUGGGAGUUGCCAGAGCUGCGCAUCUAGAUGAAGGCUCGACAUCAUCUCCAUGGAAACCAGGGACUUCUUUGUCAUCAUCAUUGCAUGCUCCAUUGAUAAAAAAGACUAGCUUAUUUUCCAAUCAGAUUCCUCAAAGAAUGGACCCAACUUCCCCAGUUCCGGACCUUUCAUCAAGCAUAAUAACAACACCAAAAAGCUCAGUCACCUGUACUUCCGGGAUAACACAGCAGCAACCACAACGCAGCACUAGUUCAAAGACUUGUCAGUUCAAGGGAUGUGGAAAGGGAGCAAGAGGUGCUUCUGGCCUUUGUAUUGCCCAUGGAGGUGGUCGGAGGUGCCAGAAAACUGGAUGUCAUAAGGGAGCUGAGGGCCGUACAGUGUACUGCAAGGCACAUGGGGGUGGCCGGCGAUGUGAAUUCCUUGGGUGCACAAAGAGUGCAGAAGGACGAACAGAUUACUGCAUUGCUCAUGGUGGUGGCAGGCGAUGCAGUCAUGAGGGUUGCACUCGAGCUGCAAGAGGGAAAUCAGGAUUGUGCAUCCGGCAUGGUGGGGGGAAGAGAUGCCAGAAGGAGAACUGCACGAAGAGUGCAGAAGGCCUCUCAGGUCUCUGCAUCUCACACGGAGGUGGGCGUCGUUGCCAGUUCCCAGCAUGCACAAAAGGGGCACAAGGAAGCACAAUGUAUUGCAAGGCCCAUGGUGGGGGAAAACGGUGCACAGUUCCAGGGUGCACCAAGGGCGCAGAAGGGAGCACCCCCUUCUGCAAGGGGCAUGGUGGAGGGAAAAGGUGUUCAUUUCAAGGUGGUGGGAUUUGCCCAAAGAGUGUUCAUGGAGGGACCAACUUCUGCGUGGCACAUGGGGGCGGGAAGAGGUGUGCAGUGCCAGAAUGCACAAAGAGCGCAAGGGGACGAACUGACUAUUGCGUCCGCCAUGGAGGGGGCAAGAGAUGCAAAUCUGAAGGCUGUGGCAAGAGUGCACAAGGCAGCACGGACUUCUGCAAGGCACAUGGUGGAGGGAAAAGAUGCUCUUGGGGUCAGGUUGGGUCACAAUUCGGCAGCCAAGAUGGACCUUGUAGUUCAUUUGCCAGGGGGAAGACUGGGCUCUGUGCAUCACACAAUGCCCUGGUGCAAGACAAGCGAGUCCACGGGGGUGCCACUCUGGCACAUACUGUCCAGAUCCCCACACCCAGCAAGCCUGAGAAGAUGAAAGAUGUUGUCACUACUGAAGACAUGAAUGUCGAUAUCAUGAAGAUGAUGGGGAGUAGCAUAGUGAACCCAGCUGGCUGGACUGGUCUUGAAUUGAAACAAGUAGGACUUCCACAACCUCACCUCCCAGCCAGAGAAGUAAGACCAUCACCAGUUCCAGUAUUAGCUCCAGAAGGUAGGGUGCAUGGGGGAAGUCUGAUGGCCAUGCUGGCAGGCAGUCCCGGUCUCAGUCCAAGUGACAGCAAAACCCUCAUCAGCGGCGGUCCAUCUGAACCUAGGAAACCAUACAUGAUGCCCCAGAGCUGGAUGUAAGACAGUUAGUCACCCUUGUUUCAAUAUCUAGUGUCUGUAGUUGGCGGAGGCUCUCUCUGCAUAUUUGUGUCGUUUGCUAUUAGUUUUAUCUACUGGUUUGAUGAUAUGAGAAUUAGUUUCUCAUUCAUUGUUUUAAAUGGGAAGAACCUACAAGUAAUUUGUUUCACCCUCAGAAAACAAAUAAGGGGUAAGCAAGUAGAACAUAGUUACUAGUUUGGGUUGUUAGUGUUCAUCUCUUGUAAAUAUUUAUAUGUUUGUCCAUCAGGUUCUUGAGGGCACAUCUGUAAGGUCGGUCCAUUGUCGUUAUAAUAAGGUCUUUACUAGCGCCA